AUGGCCCUGGUGGCCCACCAGCACGGCAAGACGCGCGUGCGCCUGGGCCGCGUCUGGCGCGAUGAGCUCACGCACCACUUCGUGGAGUGGUCCGUGGACACCAUGCUGCUCUCCGACAUGGCGCACGCCUACCUGGAGGGCGACAACGCCGGCAUGACCGCCACGGACACGCAGAAGAACACGGUAUAUUACAUUGCAAAGCAGUGUGACGAAAAAUGCUCACCUGAAGAGUUUGCCAUCGCCUUGGCUAAGCACUUAGUCGACAAAUACGAGAAGAUCUCCAAGGUCACAGUCUCCAUAGAGGAGACACCGUGGGAGCGUUUGACAUUGAAUGGCGCAGCACACCAGCAUGGCUUUGUGUGCGGAAGCAGUGGCUACAGGACAGUGGAAGUUUCAUACACCAAGGAUGCGGAGCUGGCAAUAUCAUCAGGCAUCAAGGGCCUCAAGGUCCUGAAGACGACGCAGUCUGGCUUCGUGGGCUACGUCCACGACGAGUUCACGACCCUGCCGGACACCACGGACCGCAUCCUGGCCACCAGCCUGACGGCGUCCUGGGCCUACUCCUCCCCGCCCCCCUCCUUCGACGACGCCUACCAAGGCGUCAGGGCCGCGCUGCUGGGCGCGUUCUUCGGCCCGCCCGAGGGCGGCGUGUACAGCCCCUCCGUGCAGUUCACGCUGUACCAGAUGGCCAAGGCGGCGCUGGACGGCGAGGAGUGCGUGAAGAGCGUGAAGCUGCGGAUGCCCAACAUCCACUUCCUGCCCUGCAAGCCCGUCACCUGCGAGGCGUUCGAGAACGACGUCUACGUGGCGACCAGCGAGCCGCACGGAGACAUAGAGGCCACCGUGGCGCGGGAGGACUGUCCCCGGGAAUAG